GUGGACACGCAGGGGAAAACCUCCACUAUCCUCUGUGCUGAUAGGCUCUUGCUGUGAGUGGGGGAGGUCGUUGCAGCUAGCAUACCAGAGGCUCUCCAAACACACCCGAGGAAGUCAAUAAAGUUGCAAAUGAACAUCACUUUCACUUUGAUUUCUGCACGGGAACCUUGAAACAACGCCAUGAGUUCCUCUAACCCUCCGACUAUCGGGGAGUUAUUCCUCGUCCUUAGCGAGAUGGGAUUCACAGAAGAACAGAUACAAGCGGCUAUGCAGGCGGGGCAUUUUUCUGUGGCUGAAGCAGCUGAGUGGCUUGUACAGGGUCAAUACCUGCGACACACGUUGGUCCGGCAGUCUUCACAGCCAGCUGAGACAGCUUUUUCUGCAUUCAACCCACCCAAAGAGGCAGCACACACUUCAGAGUCUCGCACAUCUCCCACUGACAGCAGAGCGGGUCCUUCAUUGGUGCUAAGGUCACCACAAUCAUGCUCCCAGGACCCACCGCCACCAGUCGAGUCACGGAUCAAACCAGACAAAAGUGACUUUGAGGAGAAAGAGAGACAACGCGUCGCUCAGGAAGUCAGAGCAGAGAGAAGGCAGAAGAAACAGGAGCGCGAGUUGGUGCUGAAGCGGAUCGCUGAGGAUCGGAGGAGCCUGCAGGAUAAGAAACAGACCAAUGCUGCUGCAGACACGUCUCCUCCCAGCAGUGAAGGGCAGAAGCUUGGAGGGAAGAUUCAGACAAAUGUGGACAACAACUGCAUCCUCAUGAUUCGACUGCCGUCUGGUGAGUCCAUGCGUGAGCGCUUCCCAGCUGAUGCCCCUCUGCGCAGCGUUGUGGAGCACAUCACCGGACGUCACCCCUCCCUACCCUCCUUUUCUCUCCUUCAGGGUUUCCCACGGAAGCGCUUUGGGGAGGCAGAGCUUGCCUGUUCCCUCCGCUCUCUCGGCCUUACGCCUAACGCUGCACUGUGUAUUCAGACCACUCCUCCAGAGACGCCUCAGGAAACAAGUCCAGCAGGUCACAGUGCUGAGCCGCCUCCUUGUGUUGCGCCUCCUCAGCCUCCUCCUGGCCAGGACAUGGUGGGAGAUCAGGUCCCUGUUAUACCUCCUCCACUACCUAACCAGCUGUGGGAAGAGGCAGUGAAUUAUGCAGGGAUUCCUGGAGUUCCUCCUUUACGGCGUGGAUCUCAUGACUGGGGUCAAGGCCAGAGAUUGGUUCCUGGUGAUGCUGAAGAUGCUCCCGUAGAUGUCGAUAUGGACCAAGAAGGAGAGGAAGAACCGCUUCUCAUGCCGAACGGAAUGCCCAGGCUGCCUUUCUUUCCGGAGAACAGGAUGCAAGGAGGAUUUGAGCACUGGCAUCACUGGCCAGGGCAAGGAAAUCGACUCAGAGAGGGCCCAGAAGAGGAAGCGGCAGACCCUGAGAAUGCGGGAGGGCCGCUGGCGCCCGCAGCUGCAGGUCAGGCUGCUGUUGAGCGUCUUCAACGAGCCGCACAGCAAGAAGACCGCCAUGCCUCCCAAGGACAGCCAUCACCCCCUAAAAGACCCUUCAGAGCACCCAGCGUGCCCUCACUAUGUGCCUUGGCUAUCCGCGCAACGGUCCACCUCAUGACUGCUCCCAGCAUGCAGUACAGCAGCAGUCUAGCAGGUCUGACCCCAGAGCUAGCAGAGCUUCUGCUCAACCACAUGUCUCAUGAGAGGCUGCUACAUCCACGCACCCUGGAGCUGUUCUUCGGCUGCCCGAUCCAGAAGUUUGUCUUAAACAGCUACCCGUACUCCACCAAUGAGCUCCUACGGCAGUUGCGGGCCUUCACUGCCCUCAAGCACCUGAGUUUAGUCAACUCACCUCUCAUCACUGACUCUGGCCUGUGUAUCCUGUCCACCCUGGUCAAACUCCAGUACCUCAAUCUGGCCUCCUGUAGUAAGCUGACUGACUCCUGCCUGCAGCAUAUCACAGGUUUGAAGAACUUGUGUUUCCUGUCCCUGGACCAGACCAAAGUGACAGAUGCUGGGAUGGUACUGUACCUCCAGUCAGUGCCGUCCUGCCUCUCUCAGCUAAGCCUGAACCAGACAGCAGUGACUGAAACCACACUAGCUGUGCUCCCCACCUCUGUGCCACAGCUGCGACUUCUCAGCAUCAAACAGACUAAAGUUAAGGAUUUGACGGCUCUAGCAGCGAUGUCCAGCCUGCAGACCCUCAACCUGGAUGGGACAGGUGUGACGGAGGCAUCUCUGGAGCACCUUGCUACCCACCCUGCCCUGACUUCCCUCACUUUGGUGGGAAUCCCUGUAGCAGAUGGCAGUCAUGCCCUUCAGAUCAUCUCAGGUCUGAAGUUGACUCGCAUCACCCUCCCUGGACGCCACUCUGUGACAGACAGCGGGCUGUCAUUCCUCUCCAGACUGACUCUGCUCUCAGAGCUGGACCUGACAGACUACACACAGAUUACAGACCAGGGAGUCAGCCACCUCUCCACCUUGACCAGAUUGAAGAAGCUGUCACUUAGCAACACUCAGGUGACAGAUGCAGGGCUUCCCUCCCUGCGAUGCAUGCAGGAGCUGCAGGAACUCUGUUUGGAUCGGACUGCAGUCACCAGCCGAGGAGUGGCCGACCUCAUAACCUGUCUGCCACACCUUCAGGUGUUGGGGUUAGCCAGCACUCAGGUGGGGGACAACGUGGUGAGGAAAGGUCUGAUCCACUGCAGUCAGCUUGUUAAGCUUAAUCUCAGCCGCACGCGGAUUACAGAUCACGGUCUAAAGUACCUGAAACAAAUGCGCCUGGCUCAGGUGAACCUGGAUGGGACCGGGGUGAGUCUGAUGGGAAUUGCUAGCCUCCUCUCUUGCACCAACAUCAACAGUAUUCGGGCCAGUAACACUCGCACCCUUUCCCCUGACAACGUCUCAGACGAGGAGUUUGAAGCCCAGUGAGCAUCACGAGCUUCGGCUGCCGCCAGCCCCUCUUUAAGCCCCUCUGAGAUGCUGCUUCCAGGAUCAUCUGGGCAAAGCGUAAUUGAUGAAACACUCCUCCUACUUGCACUGUUUCAACCGCAGCUAGUGCCACUAAUCUGUCAAUCAUGCACGCUGAGUUGAAACCUUAUACAGACGUGUUGUGUUUAACAGCUCCCUUUUUUCUAACGUUUACAUAUACUGAAUUAAUCACUAUUUAAUACUCUGCAGCCCCAAACGCCACCUGAAAAACCUUAUAGCUUUAUGCGCAGCUUUACAGGUUGGAGCAACCUGUGUUUCUCCAGGGGCCUGUACUACGAAGCAGCUUCAACAUACCCCAGAUAUGUUUUCCUUAUCUGGCUUCACUUUGCCCCGGCAGUCAGGCUAAAUGAUCACAAGAAGGUGGUUGUUAACUGGAGAAGUCCACCCAGGAUUUGUCUGUCUCGACAUAAGCACGUUCAUGUGGCUGUGUGUCCUGGCAGCAGAGUGACAUGUUGUAUGAAGAUGGUAAAAAUGUAAUGCUAGAAGAAUGUGAAGGAAAAAAAACAACCACACAGCGACUGCAGCCAAAGCAACACUACUAUAUUACUGAAGUUUAGCCCCUCUUAACCCAGGAGGAAAAAAUGGCUGUAAGUUAUUAAACAUUUCAAUAUUAUAGCUCUGUCAGGUAAGGCCUGCAUCAUGUCACCCCAGUAAGAAGGAACCACCUUUGUAACCCUGAAGCUUCGUAGUACAGGCAUCAGGUUGGAGCCAAGUGGCAGAAAUAUACUUUAUGCUGGGAAUGUACAACAGCAUGCGACGACUAACAGACUUUAUCUAAGGUAUUAAAUGGAAAUCUAAACAACAAAUAGCCAGUUAAACCAAAUACGGUUCAAAUGUUUUAGAGGGACAUGAAGGCAGAUAAAUGUCUUCCACUGAUGAUCUGCAUUGAAAUUAACUUUCUUUAAUUUUGAAGCUGUAUUCAAGUCAUACUGGAUGUACCAGUAGAAGUAAUUGAGGUUUUUUUUUUUUAGCUUGACUGUUUGAAAGUAGUAUUUGUAUUGUUAGGAGAUAUCUAUACUGUUAUGACAGGAGUUUAAUAAAAAUGAGCCACCAUACAGUGUUGAAUACUAGAAUGAUCCUAAAAACUGGAUGGCUAAAUUUGACAUGAACGCAGCUUUUUAAGUUAAAAACACCAAACAAAACAAAAACAUUUAAAAGGUAAAAUCCAGACUGAAGAAGUCAUGGUUUUUAUAACUUGGCUCAGUCUGAAUGGAUGUUAGCUCUUGUCACCUGAAACUAGUUAUUUUAGCUGCAUCCUGGUGAUGCACCGACCUCAGCUGUCUUUUAAAAGUAGCCCUCUAAUUAUAAAUUAUGCCAAUGGUUUUUUGGGGGGAAAGUUUAGCCAUUUUCUGCUACAUCAGUGAGCCUCAUUGCAGUGUAAUGGCUGUAAUAUAACAUAUCUAUGCAGCCAUGGGGCUCACCCAGGACCCAAAGCAACUUCUUUAAUCCCUUCAAAGCUUUUUUCCUGUUUACAGAUAUGUAAAGUAGUUUAUUUUCCUUAAAAGCUUUUGAUUUUUUUGGAUACAAAUACUGUAUUCGUUACAAUUAACAAUAAAGCCUUCUCAAAUGAAA